AUGAAGAUCAUGAUGUGGAUGAUAGUAUUUACUACUUGGAUUAUUACUGUGUAUGCCCCAAUUCAAAUUCGCGGUGAAGUUCAAGACCCGACUGCUUUAGAUGACCAAGUGGAAAGUGGAUUAAAUGAUCAAAUUCUAACUGAGUAUGAGGCUUUUUAUAUUUAUGACCAUAUCGCGUCUUAUCUAUCUAGACCAGAGGUUGGAUUGUCAGGUUUCGCGAAAUUUUUCCGUGAAAGUGCAAAUGAAGAAUUGGAGCAUGCACGUAAAUUCAGUGAAUUUGUCAAUAAACGAAACUCAAAGGUUGUCCUGAAAAAUAUUUUACUUUCAUCUUCAGGCGUACCAAUGGAUUUUAAAAAUAUUCAUGAAAUAAUUGACACAGCAAUUAGAAAAGAACUUCAAGUUACUGCACACAUCAAUGAACUGCAUAAAUUAGCAUCGCAAAUGAAUGAUGCAAUUACACAAGAUUUUUUGGACGAUUUCCUACAAGAACAGGUGAAUUCUGUUAGUAAACUAAGAGAAAUGCGUGCUCGACUACAUUUGGAUAAUAGUGCUGUUUACCUGAUGGAUAAAGAAUUUCGUUGA